CUCGCAGAUGAUAAUGUUUGUCCUGCUUUAAUACAAAGUUGCUGUGAAGGUUUGGGUUAAAAAUCGUGGAGGACAGUCUGCGUCAGAAGAGGCUCUCUUCAUCUCUGGUUGGUGUGGCAACCCCAAUCUGUCCUCGAUGCCUUCAGCCUUGGCCAUCUUCACUUGCCGCCCGAACUCUCAUCCGUUUCAGGAGCGUCAUGUCUACCUGGACGAGCCCGUCAAGAUUGGCCGCUCAGUGGCUCGCUGUCGGCCAGCUCAGAACAACGCAACUUUUGACUGUAAGGUGCUGUCCAGGAACCAUGCUCUUGUCUGGUUUGAUCACAAGACAGGCAAGUUCUACCUUCAAGACACUAAAAGUAGUAAUGGUACCUUUAUUAAUAGUCAGAGACUGAGUAGAGGAUCUGAGGAAAGCCCACCAUGUGAAAUUAUGUCAGGUGACAUCAUCCAGUUUGGUGUAGAUGUGACAGAGAACACGCGGAAAGUUACCCAUGGAUGUAUAGUCUCCACAAUCAAACUGUUUCUUCCAGAUGGAAUGGAAGCUCGAUUGCGAUCAGAUGUUAUCCAUGCUCCAUUACCAAGUCCUGUUGACAAGGUUGCUGCUAACACUCCCAGUAUGUAUUCUCAGGAAUUGUUUCAGCUUUCACAGUAUCUACAGGAAGCCUUACAUCGGGAACAAAUGUUGGAACAGAAGCUGGCAACCCUUCAGCGACUACUUGCUGUCACGCAAGAGGCUUCAGAUACUAGUUGGCAGGCUUUAAUAGAUGAGGACAGGCUGCUAUCAAGAUUAGAGGUUAUGGGAAAUCAAUUACAAGCAUGUUCAAAGAACCAAACAGAAGACAGUAUACGAAAAGAGCUUAUAGCAUUACAAGAAGACAAACACAACUAUGAGACAACAGCCAAAGAGUCCCUGAGGCGGGUCCUUCAGGAGAAAAUCGAAGUGGUCAGAAAACUGUCUGAAGUGGAGCGGAGUUUAAGCAAUACAGAAGACGAAUGUACUCACCUGAAAGAAAUGAAUGAGCGGACUCAGGAAGAAUUAAGAGAACUAGCUAAUAAGUACAAUGGAGCUGUAAACGAAAUUAAAGAUCUUUCUGACAAAUUAAAGGUAGCAGAAGGAAGGCAAGAAGAAAUCCAACAGAAAGGACUGGCUGAGAAAAAAGAAUUGCAGCAUAAAAUAGAUGAAAUGGAAGAGAGAGAGCAAGAGCUUCAGGCAAAAAUAGAAGCUUUGCAGGCUGAUAAUGACUUCACCAAUGAGCGGCUAACUGCUUUACAAGAGCACUUUCUUUCAAAGAGUGGAGGGGACUGCACUUUUAUUCAUCAGUUCAUAAAAUGUCAGAACAAGAUCAUAGAUGAAGGACAUCUAACCAAAGUGGAAGAAACAAAGCUUUUGAAAGAGAAUCAAGCAAGAGUCAAAGAAUCCGAUUUGUCGGACACUCUUAGUCCAAGCAAGGAGAAAAGCAGCGACGACACUACAGAUGCCCAAAUGGAUGAACAAGAUCUGAAUGAACCUAUUGCUAAAGUAGCUCUUCUAAAAGAUGAAUUGCAGGGUGCACAAUCAGAGACUGAGGCUAAGCAAGAAAUUCAGCAGCUGCACAAGGAGCUGAUUGAAGCCCAAGAGCUAGCUAGGACAAGUAAACAAAAAUGUUUUGAACUUCAAGCGCUAUUGGAAGAAGAGAGAAAAGCAUAUCGAGUGCAAGUUGAAGAAUCUAACAAGCAAAUAAAUGUUCUCCAAGCUCAGUUGCGAAGAUUGCAAGAAGAUAUUGAGAAUCUUCGUGAGGAAAAGGAGAAUGAAAUUUCAAGCACUCGAAAUGAACUAGUUAGUGCUCAGAACGAGAUUCUGUCACUUCAACAAGUAGCAGAAAAGGCAGCAUCAGAACGAGACACAGAUAUUUCUGCAUUGCAAGAUGAGCUGCAAACAGUGCGAGCAGAACUCGAACGGUGGCGGAAAGAUGCCUCAGAUUAUGAAAAAGAAAUUGUCAGUCUGCAAGCCAGUUUUCAGCUCAGAUGUCAGCAGUGUGAGGAUGAGCAGAAGGAAGAGGCUACUCGCUUAAAAGGUGAACUUGAAAAGUUGAAGGCAGAGUGGAGCGCUCUGGAGGCUGAAUGUGUUACACUAAGGAAGGAAAAUACUUUGCUUACGUCUGAGCUUCAGCGACAAGAGAAGGAGCUUUCUAGCUCUCAGAAACAGAGUUUAGCGCUAACCAGCGAUAUAAGUGUUCUUGAAAUGUCUCGAAAGGAACUUGAAAAUCAAAUGGGAUCUUUGAGAGAAAAACAUCAACGGGAUGCAGCUAGUCUAAAAAGCCAACUCAGUGAAGCUGAGAGUCAAGCAAAAGAUGUUCAGAAAGAGUAUGAAAGAACACAGACUGUGCUCUCAGAGCUGAAGGAGAAGUAUGAGAUGGCUGAACAAGAAAAUCAGUCACUCACGGAGGAACUCAAACAAUGUAAAGAAAACCUGAAGCUGCUACAAGAAAAAGGAAACAACAGACAAUGGCCAUGGAUGCCUGUGAUGGCAGCUUUGGUUGCUGUAACAGCCGUGGUGCUGUACCCAGGCCUAACCAGAGCUUCUCCAUGAGAACUGUUGUUGAAUCCAUACACCGUCCUCCCUUUAGAAGCUGGCAACAUUCAUAUACUGAGGGAAAACAGAUUAAUUCUCUUCCUUUUUACCUGUUAAUACAGCACAGCUCUGCGUGAGAACAGCAGUAGGGUCAUUUGCUUUAAACUGUAUAAAAUGUAUCUGUCUAUAAAGAGGGAAUAAAAUUGUGGUUCAUCGUAC